AUGGAUGAGCCACAUGAAAGUAUCAAUAGCUCGGUGAAGCCAUCAAAAUAUAGUGAGGAUAAUUAUAGUACCUGGACACACACCGAGAUCGAUUUUGUUCUGAGUAUAUUGCAAGAAUGUCGUGUUUCUGUGACGCGAGAGCAAAUUUCUGCUCAAUCCAAGUCUCGCUGGCAUAUCGAGUUUUCCAAGAUCUCUGGGCACCGCGAUUGCUAUUAUCGCUCCGGAGAAAAUAUCUCGAAAUUUUAUACCCUGAAGCUUGAAAAUUGGAUUGAAAAUGGGACUAUAGAGGCAAUGCUCGAAUUUGUCUGGGAGUCGUAUAUUAGCUGUACCUGGCUCGAAUUAAGACGGCUCUUGGGGUUUCUCCUCAUAGAAGCCGCUAAAAUAGCUCUUUCUGAAAACAUACCAUCUGAUUUUAUGACCAGAAAUCGACAAAAUGUUUUAGAAAAGAUGGUUCUCGAUGUGGACCCGAGUAUUUGCACGGCAGCAACACAAGCCUACUUCCAAACUGGAUCAUUUCCAAAUGAGACAACACUACUAAACACGAUAGGACACCUCGUAACACACCGCAAAAGUAAAAAGGUGAGGUAUGUCGCUUGUUCAGUUUUAACUCGAGCACUUGAUUGUACACCUGGAUUGGAUCGCCUUCUGGCUUUGCUUCUUGGAAGUAAGUUACUCAAAAUGUCAAGACUGGAUCCUUCAGUGUAUUCAAGAGCUGCGGCACUAAAAGCUAUAAACAAGCUUUUCGCGGUUGAUGUAUUUCCCAUGAGCGUUACUGAUGUAGCGAACCUCGUGUCCACAGAUGAUCAUCCUGCAUUGCUCCGUCAGUGGGCGCACCUACUGUGGAGUGUUAUUUUGUUAGGAAUAGCUGAAGGAGAAGAUUCCAGUUUCUUGGCUCGUGUAUUAGAAGUUGUACGGCUAGUAAAAACAGGAACUCUAUCAGAUCAUCAAGGUGCCAUAAUUCUUGCCCACCAGGAAACCAGCUGGCAGUCUUGUUGUCAGUUGCUUCAACAUGACCUUGCGGAUCAUUCCGGCUUCCCUGACACUCUCAAACUACUCGUUACCUGGACUGGAAUCCUCGCAAGUAUGCCAAAGAGCCCGCAUGUGAACAAAAAAGUAGAACCCAGGUUAGAGGCGGCUGAAGAGAUCAAUUCAGUGCUUGGCCUCCUGAAUAUGCUUCAAUCGGAUGAGAUGAAGGCUGAGGGAAUCCAUUUGCUAUGCAAUGUUAUGGUACACGGUAAAUACAGAGAAUUUGAAGCUAUAGAGAUGGUUGUUGACCGUGUUAUUGAGCUUUUCGUAUCGACCUCCACACCGGGCCUUAUUUGUGUCAUUGGGGAUUUAUUCCAAUCUCUAUAUGAAGAUCCCUAUUAUAAGGCCAGGAUUAGUGCUAAACUAGACGUCCUUGCCGCGCUUAUUCUGUCAUCUAAAGAUGGGCUCUAUAUACAUAAGUUUGCGGCAUUGUGCGGCACUGUUUUAAAACCCAGCCAAGAAUUGGGGCAAAUGGAGCCGGACGCUAUUGCUAGAUUUAUACAAGCGAAAGUGGAGUUUGUUAUGCAUGUCGACCAUGAGACUGUUCAUUUUAUUGAGCGCAUUAUUCAGUUAUGCCCCAAGUUUCCAGAAAAGCUGAUUCUCAUCUUGAAAACAGUGGGGAAAUACAGCUCGAGAGCUAAAAUACACCAAUGGCCACUUCCAAACUUCCCUAUAGAGAUUUGCUCGUGGCUGAUUGAAUAUCUAAAGAAUUUCAAUGAAGCAGACAGAGAAACAUUGGUUGAGUGUAUCCUUGGGUUGUGGUAUUACAACGCGCUUCCAGACGAGCUCAUCGCGAAUGUUAGACGAAUUUUUUCGGAGCAGGGGUGGACUUGUAGAGAACUUGAGUUGAUAGAAACUUAG